GAGUCAACAAUUGGUAUCAGAGCAAGGGCUCCAAUUUGAAGGUUUAACCACCUAAGAGUUGAUCAGGAAUGGCUGAAUUUCUAUCUUCUCAACCACUUGAAGGUUUGUCUACCACUAAGCCUCCUUUCUUUGAUGGUACUAAUUAUAAUUAUUGGAAGAAUAGGAUGAAGGUCUUCAUGCUUGCAAAUGUGCCCAAGGCAUGGGUUGUGACUAUGAAAAGUCCAUAUGUACCUAUGAAAAUUGUUGAAGAAAGAGAGGUGCCAAAGGAAGAGAUUGAUUGGAAUGAUGAAGACUUGGAGAAGAUCAUGAUCAACAACAAAGCAAUUAAAGUCACACAUGAAGGAACAAGCCAAGUAAAGGAGUCAAAAAUCAAUAGACUCAUUUACAUGUAUGAACUUUUCAAGAUGAAAUCGGAGGAGAGCAUUCAAGAUAUGUAUACAAGAUUGAAUGAUAUAGUCACCAAUCUCAAGGCUCUUGGUAAAGUCUAUCCUCCUCAAGAAGUGGUGAGAAAGGUUCUUAGAAGCUUACCUAAGAGUUGGGAAGCCAAGAAGAUGGCAAUUGAAGAAUCUAAGGAUCUCAACAUUCUCAAGCUUGAAGAUCUCAUUGGUAAAUUGAUGACAUAUGAGAUAGAAGUUCAAGGUGAUGGUGGAGUUGAAAUAAUUGAGAAGAAGAAGAUGGAUGUUGCAUUCAAGGUUAGCAACCAAAAGGAAAAAAGUGAAGAUGAUGCUAGUGAUGGUGAAAACUUCUCCUCCUUAACCUUUAGAGAAGUGAGGAGAUUUAUGAAGAAAAACAUCAAGAGCAAGCUUGCAAGAAAAGAUGAAGGAGAAUCUACCAAAAAGAGUGUGAAAUGCUAUGAGUGCAACAAGAUGGGGCGCUAUAGAAAUGAAUGCCCCAAAUUGAAGAAAGGUGAGAAGAAAGACAAGAAGAGCAUGAAGAAGAAAGCAUUUGCCACCACUUGGAGCGAUGAUGAGACUAGCUCAACGGAAAGUGAAAGCUCCUUGGAGAAAGGUGUUGCAAAUCUUUGCUUCAUGGCUCAAGAGGAUAGCAACAAUGAUGUGGAGGUGUGCCUUGUGAGCAAAAUGAAGAACAAAUGGUAUCUAGAUAGUGGAUGCUCAAGGCAUAUGACGGGUGAUCCUUCACAAUUCUCAUCACUCAUGCCCUUGGAUGGUGGAACCGUGACCUUUGGUGACAGUGGGAAAGGAAUUGUGAAAGGAAUUGUCUCAUUGCAAGAUUAUUGAUUGUAGAAAUGAUCAAGUGUUGUUUGUUGGCAAGAGACUUAAAAAUGUGUAUGUGAUUGAUUUGCAUGACAUUGAUGCUAAUAUUUGUCUUGCCUCUAUAUCUCAUGAUGAUACUUGGUUGUGGC